AUGGGUAGGCUAAGUGAUUUGCCUGAUGCACUUCUCUUGAAGAUAUUGGCGUUAAUGCCUACGAAAGCUGCUGUGGACACAAUGGUAUUGUCGAAACGAUGGCAGUUUCUUUGGAAGUUGGUGCCGAGACUUGAGUAUGAUGAUAGCAUGUACCAAGAUGGCGGAGACUGGAGAUUCUUGCGGUACAUGUACAGUUCUUUGCUGCUGCACGAGGCUCCGGUUCUAGAGAGCUUCUCUGUGAAACUUGGUCAAAAAUCUGGUGCUGUAGAUAUCGGAGCGUGUGUUACACCUGCUGUUAACCGCUCUGUGCGUGAGCUGAUCAUCGAGAUCGACAGAUCUUCUUAUAGUACAACUCCAGCCAUACUUCCAAGGAGUUUGUACACAGGGUGUAGAAUGCUGGUGAAUCUGAAGCUAAACAAUGCGGUUUUUGUGGAUGCGUCUUCUUCGGCGGUUUCUUUCCCAUCGCUCAAAACUCUGACCCUUUUAUCAAUGAAGUAUCCAGGUGAUGAGUUUAUCUGCAAGUUUUUGUCCGGUUGUCCUGUUCUUGAAGACUUGUUUGUGUUACAAUGUUGCGGUGACAAUGUGGGCGUUUUGGUAGUUAGAGUGCCUUCUUUAAGGAAAUUAGGCGUGCGUAAAGUAUCAAUAGAAGAGUACGCUCAGGGGUUAGUGAUAAAUACUCCUUCUUUGGAGUUCUUGGACAUUAUUGAUCAGACUGAUGGGUUUUGUGCUGUUGAGAGUAGUAUGCCGAAGAUUGCAGAGGCCCAUCUUAAUGUGACUUAUGCUGACACUCAGCAGCUUCUUGGCUCUCUUACUUCUGCCUUUCAACUUUCAGUAUGUUUAGAGACUUCAAUGGAUCCAUGUUCCGAUGGAAAAAUAUUUAGCCAGCUUGACCAGUUGAAACUAUGUACGUGCGACAUGGGGUGGAUGGAUCUACUUAUGCGUCUACUCAAACAUACCCCUAAGCUAACGCUCAUUGUACUUGAAGAGACGCACGGCAUGGACCUUGAAGCUCCGCGUCCGUGCUGGAAUGAACCGAGUCGUGUUCCUGAAUGUCUAUCGUCCAGUCUUGAAAUGUUUUGCUGGAGGCAAUACGGAGGAAGCAAAGACGAGAGAAAACUCGCCACAUUCAUCUUGAGAAACUCUGCUCAUUUAGAAAUUGCAACUUUCAACUCCAAAUCAACAGAUCCUGUAGAGAGGCUUCGGAUGCUCACGGAGUUGUCAAUGUCACCAAGGAGGUCGUCCACCUGUACGCUUCAAUUCCUUGGGAAGUACAAGAAGACUAGAGUUUAA